CGUGCUGCCAGCCGUGCCGAACCACUGUCAUAACGCCCAGCGGAGGGCAGGCUGGAUUGCACUUGCUGAGCUGGAAACCCAUCGGGGGACUUUGAAAUCGCCACAGACUUUUACCUGCCCUUUUUUCCAGAAUUCCCACAAUUUUGCUUCUUCGAAUGCAAUGACUCAGCAGCUACAGGAUGAAUUUGACAGUAGUGUGGAGAAUGCAGAAGCUUGGAUGAAGGCCAUCCAAGAGAGACUGAGGAUCAAUGACAACACCAAGGGACCUCGAUCUGCCCUAGAAGCCAGACUGAGAGAGACUGAGAAAAUACGUGCACUGGAACCAGAAGGCAGCUUGAAAAUGGACUUGAUUCUUGUGAAGGCAGAUGCUGCUCUUCGCAGCAUCAGUGAGGAUAAGAAGCACGAGGUACUAUCUAAACUGAAAGACAUUAAAGCCUUGUGGGAAGAGACAGCCAUAUACAUUACUCACUGUCACAGCCGUAUUGAGUGGGUCUGGCUGCACUGGAGUGAGUACCUGAAAGCCCAAGAUGAGUUUUACGCAUGGAUUCACAACAUGAGGGUGACCUUGGAGCCUGACAUUGAGUUGCAGCUUGGCUUAAAGGAGAAGCAGUGGCAGCUGAGCCAUGCUCAGGUUCUGCUGAAUGAUGUCUUAAAUCAGUCAGUCCUGCUGGAAAGGCUGCUAGAGGAAGCUGCUUCCUUGUUCAACAGGAUAGGUGACCCCAGCGUUGAUGAGGAUGUUCAGAAGAAAAUGAGGGUGGAAUAUGAAGGAAUCAGGGAAGAAGCUCAGAGCAGAGUGAAACUGCUUGAAAAGAUAACCAAGGAACAUGAGCGGUACAGCGCUAACGUCAACCAGUUUCAAUCGUGGCUGAAUGAUGUGACAGAAAGAUUAAACUGCUGCAUUGGAGAAGCAACCAAGUCUUCAGCAGAGGACAAGUUAAAGGCACUGAAGGAAAUUGCCAAAAACAUUAGGAGCGGUGGAAAGAAAUGGAAGCACCUUGAAAAUCAGUGUGCAGAGGUGAUUCAGAAUACCUCCCCACUCGGAGCUGAGAGAAUCAAGGAUGAACUCGAAGAGCUAGGAAAAGCCUUGGAGAAGUUGAAACUGCUGAGUAGUGAGGAGGAGGAGAGAUUGCUCAAGAUCCAACAGUCAGAACGUGCCUACAAGUCCCAAGCCAGACAAUUAGAAGCAGAUGUCCAGGAGCUGAAAAAAGACCUACAGAGACUAGAAAAUGACCUGGACCCUGGGGAAGGGGAAAAGACUGAAGAUGAGUUUGUAACUCUGUGGAGAAAAUGCAAUGCAACGAGAGCAGCUCUGGCUGCAGAAGAGUCCAAGGUUGAGAGGCUGAAGGCUCAGCUUAAGGAACUGCUACGGUUUUCCCAAGAUGUGCAGCCACAUGCUGAGAGUGUUGUCUCUGCAAUACAGCAGUAUCAAAGUGUUAGAGGCAAGACAUCUAAAAUGAGCACUGAUACAGAAACCCAACUGAGAAGACUCUUCCAAAAUCCUCUGCAAGAUUUUGAACAGUGGAAGCCAUCGGUCCAGAUGCUCCUGGAGACUCCGGAGCCAGCUCUGGCUCACAUUGAGGCUGCUCUAGCUGAAAGCUCCCAGUUCAAAGAGAAGUUGAUGACAUUACAGCUGAAGAAAGAUUUACUAAACAAUAUCCUUGGUGAGGAAAAAGCAAAGUCUUUCCUGCAAGAAGUAGCUGAAGCUUCAAAGGAGAGAGAAAUUCUACACAAGAGUCUGCUGCAAAGCAAGAGCAAACUCCAGAAUUUGAUAUCGCAACAUGAGGACUUUGAUGCUGGUUUCACACCUUUGCAGAAGAAACUAUCUGCCAUCAAAGCCAAAUUAGAUCUAGAGAAGGAACCACGGCCUGACCUCUUGGGUAAAAAGACACAACUCCAGAGACUCCAGAUGAUCCAAGAUGACUUGGCAGAGCUUGCAAUUCAAAUGGAAGAGAUAGAGAAGCUUGUUCAGUCAAAUACCACACACAGGCAUGAAAUGAACCAACUUUCAUCUGACUCUCAGGCCCUGAAGAGAUCAUUGGAGAUGAUGAUACAGCAGAGUGAAGAGCACGUUCAGAAGCAUUGGGCAUAUAAUGACAAACUCUCUGACCUCCAGCAGUGGAUCACAGUAACCACAGAGAAGAUUGACUCCUACCAGGGUGCUGAUGGAGAGCAGAACACCGAGGGCAGGGUGGCAGACCUUGAGAGAUGGCUAGCUGAGUUUCCAGAUAAGGAGAUCCAGCUGCACCUUGUGGAAGCUCAUGGCCAGCUGGUCAUGGAGAAUUCUUCCCCAGAGGAGACUACCCAUGUCCAGGCAGAGCUGGAUCAGCUGAAGGAGUCGUGGAGAUCACUGAAGGAGAUGGCAACUGGUCUUCUCAAAAAGUGGCAGUUAAAUAGACCGGUGGCUGAUAAGAAGAAAAUAGUAUUUGUGGACAGCAGAUGGAUGUCUGGACCUGCCUUCCAUCCUUUAGAUGUAGACCCCAAUCAUAAGCAGGAGAGGAUAGAAGGGCAAAAUACGAGCAGCCACUUGAAGCUCCUACGCGACUUUGAAGAGUGGUUACAAGGUGAAAACACCAAACUGACAAAAAUUCUUGCUGUGACUUCAUCUUCCACAGAGGAAAUUAAGGCACGACAGAGCAAACUGGAGGAGCUGCAGUCUUGUGUGCCUGAUGGUCAGCGUCUCUUUGAGGACCUCCUUCAUCUUCAUCCUGUCACUGGAAACUCUGAAGAUCUGGAGGACCUGCGUUACCGAUGGAUGCUCUACAAAUCUAAACUGAAAGAGUCCAUGAGUUCACUGAGUCCUGGAUCUUCAGUAGAAACAGACAGAUUCAGAAAGAAGCGCUCUGGAGGCAUUUGCUCAUUCCUGCAUCGAGUGUGCUGGGCAGCACUACCGUUGCAGCUGCUCCUCUUGCUCCUCCUGCUCCUGGCCUUCCUCCUGCCCCUGGCAGAGGAGACCCACAGCUGCACGCUGGCCAACAACUUUGCUCGGUCCUUCAACCUGAUGCUGAGAUACGAGGGCCCACCUCCAACUUAACUUCUUGGCGUGGCACGAGGUGACUCUCAGAAAUAUAGACUCUUUUUUUUUUUAACAGUUGCAAGUAUUGUAGAUUUUAGGGCUUCUAACAAGGCCAUCAUAUCAACUGGAUAGGUGACAUAAAUGCGACAUAAGAUUAAUCCACUUUAAUCAGGUAUUUGAGCAAAUUUAAUAUUUUUACAAUAUUUUAUUAUAAUAUUUAUAAUGUGUACAUAGAGAUUGUGUAUGUGUAUGUAUGUACAUAUAUAUAUAUAAAAAAAUGCAUAUCUGUGGUCAAACUAACAUCCACCAUCCACUCAUCCACUGUUUGGAGAUAAUCCUACAAUGUUUCUGUUUCUACCAUCUUUCAGCAAGGAAUACUGAAUGAUGGUUCGGUUGUGGGGUUUUGGGGUGAUUUUUAAAAUCAUUCUUGUUUACAACCGAAGUCAGAGCAAGUAUGAGAAGAUGUGGGCACGCAGCAGAGUGCAAACUGGAGAGCAGGUAGAGCAGAAUCAUGUUUGAAUACAAUGGUUGGCAUUCAGCCCAAGGAAAAUUGGGACUAUUCUAUUUGAAAUCUUGAGCUGUUUUUUUCAGUAUCUGGAUGCAGGGAUUGCAGAAGGUAAUGGAAAUGUUUCCACUGACUUCAGUAGGAGUGGGGGUGGGCCUCAUCUUGUUCUCAUUUUUUACCAGAUUUCUCUUCCAAUUACUGUGUUCUCCAGCCUACCUGAAUCAGGAGAGGUAGAAUACAGUAGGAAGAAAACUGGAAAAGAGAAUAUAUUUUUUUUAACAUCUCUAUAGCAGGAGAACUUUUAAAAUCAGGUCAUAGUUUUCUGAACAAAUUUGUGAGCACUGAACAAAACCUUGUAUCAGUGGUCUUGUCUUUAAAAAGCAGUGGGGUUUUUUUGUUUGUGGUUUUUUGUGGUUUUUUUUUUUUUACUUUAUAAAGAGGCAUUUGGUAAUGGAUCAUAAAGCCUGAACAGUGGGAUGCAGCCUGGCUUAGUGUCAGCAAAGCAAAAGUCAGAAGUACUUUAAUAAUACCACCCUGGAAACAAGAUUCCUUCCUAGGAUGUUUUUAUAUUAAUGGUUUGUUAAACUGAUGUAAACUGAUUGUAUCAAAGACAGUCAAGCCUAGAUUUCUAUAUAGUCUAAACUCUAAGAUGAUGACAACUUGUCAUUUAUUUACCUAACAUUAUGCCUGAUUUAUCAAAUUUUUGAAUGUACAUUUUAACAUUGCCUUUUAAUGUAAAAACAAUUCUCACUUUACUGUGAUGAAACCAUUCUUAGUGGUGUUUUACCUAAUUGACUCCUGAGAGAAAAGGUAAUUUCUAAAAUUCUGUACCAUUGCUGAGAGCUAUAUUUUAUUUUCUUAUCUUUUUAGCCACAGUAGUAAUCAUGCAAAAAAAAUUUAACCGAAGAAAUAGCUACUUUUCCCAUCCUGGCUAUUUUGUGGGAGGAACUUGUCUUCUGGGUACCAGUAUGGUGUAUUCAGUGUUGUUUUCCAAAUAAGUUCCAAAAUAAUAUUAAAUCUGUUGUGCAGGUAAGUUAUUUAGUAGCUGAGGGACUGAAGGAGGAACUCAUACUUCUUCAACAGAACCAUGAAAGUUUUGCUAAAGAAGCAAACUUGGGUAGAAUAGGGAGGCGUAGCAGCAAGGAGCUCAUUAUAGGCACAGAAUGAGGGAGAACAGGCAGAUGUGAAAGAGGACUAGCUAAAGAUAGAGAAGAGAGGUGUCAAACAAUUUAUAAAGCCCAAGAAAAGUAGUCACGAUGAAUGCAGAGGACAAGAAUACAGGCUCUAUGGAGGAAAAAUCUCUGAAUCUUUUUGGUUCCUUCUCCCUGCUACAGUAUUGGUACUAUUGCAUAUUAAACAGCUUUUCUCCAGUAAGGUUUAAAAUGGGGCAAGUAACAAGGACUCUACCAGUGUUCUGAGGAGACUCUUCCACUGCCAGGACUCUGUCACUGUGUUCCUAAUAAUGCUUCCGACUACACUGGGUUUGCUAGAGUUGGAUAAAAAUGCCAAAAUUCUACUAAAAGUGGAAAGGAGAGAGGAAAUUAGAGGAAAGAGAGCAGGGAUGGUGAAGGUAUUCAGGUAGAGCGCAAGGGGAGUGUGCGGAGGAUCUGAACUGAUGUGGAUUAAAACCUGACUGUCAGGAGGUAGCAGAAGAGCUCUAGAGAGCAGGCAGAGGGGGGCUGAAAGCAGAAAGGUGAGGAGAGAGGAUGUAUGCUGAGCGAUAAGACAUUCACAUCUAAAUGGGAAGCGAAGGAAGGUAAGGCCUGUGAUUUCUUUCAUGAAGGAGCCAGAUGGAGAGGAGCUAUAAUUCAUCAGAGAAUGGGGCAAAUUAAUUCCUUGUUUGCAACGGUUCUUUCUGGUGGUGAAGGACGUACCUCCUUUUCUCCUUUGAUUAGCUGUGCAAAAGCCAUGCACGUUCCUGCAGUGCUCCUCUAAAAAUUGCUGCCAGCCCUGAGGGAAGAAACCCUCGUGGCUGUGCAGCAAGGAGCUAAUCAUCACACACAUCUCCAUUUCAAAUUAAAUGCUCCAGCAGAAAAGAAGAGUGGGGGAAGAGGGGCAGUAACAAAACCUGCUGUGUGUGGCUGUGUAUAUGUGUACUUGUGCAUGCACUUUUCUGUGGCGUAGCUACAUUGCACUUCUCUGAGUUUUGCUGAGCCGUUCCAGGUGAUGAAAGUAAAAUGCCAGUGAGAAAGUAAAAAUAACGAGGAAAAAUAUAGCCACAAGAGAAAAUCAGUAGGGAGAUAGACAAGUUUUUUCUAUGAAAGCACAAAAUCUCACAUCAGAUUUCUUUCUGCCCAGCCUUUCUGAUCUGGAUGAUUUUUAUGGGUUCACAAAUGCAUUUGACACCACAGGAGUAUGCAACUGGGGGAAAAAAUUUCUACACAGAGGACCAUAACAGAACAACUGCAUCGUCACCUUGAUUUUACAGUGUUGUGGCAGGUUUAAAAAAACCACUAAAUUAGAAACACACUUUUGCUGCUGGGUUUGCAUUCAAUUUAUUCUAUAAGUCCCCUGUCUGUAGUCUUGGCAUUUUUUGCUUUAAAUCUCAGCAAAUCCAUUCUCAUUAAUUUUGGUAUCUAAAUAUCUCACAUAAGUGAUGAAUCUUUCUACUUCUUCUCAACAGAAACUAUCCAAAGCACAGGACUUUGAUGUUCAUUUCACUCAGAACAAUUUCACUCUUCCAUAAUGUCAUUGACCUCACCUGUCCAACGCAGGUGUGAGAUUUUUCUAAGAAAGAAAGAAUUUUUAAAAAAUCACAGAAGUAAGCUUGAAAUGUAAAUCCAAAAUUUACUUUCUUUUUUAUUAUCUUGUUUUUCUUCUGAAAAGUUUGUGAUACUGAUUCCUGGAAGUGUGUGUAAAUAUUAAUCAAGUCAGUAAUUGGAAUAAUGAAAACAAACUGCCCAGUUCAACUUCCAGGAAACUGUACAAAGCUCAGAUUCCUCAAAACACAGACUAAAUCAUACUGGUUCCAAAUCAGUCCUUAAAAUUUGAGCACUGUUCUUCAUGCCUGAAUCUUUGCUCACACAUGAGUUAGGGGUUACACCCUCACUUUUGCGCCUAUAAAAUCUCCAGCUUACAUAUCUCUGACAUCCAUACGUAACCCAGAUGUGUUACAGCUCAGCUUUGGAUUGGGGCUGCUGCCUUAAGACAUCCCUUGCCAAAAACCUAGGAUGCACAAAACAGGUAAGCAUCCAUGACUGAGGGCUUGAACUACUUCAACCCAGAUCCAACCACUGUCAGAGUGUGCUAAAACCCUCUAAAAUAGAUUGAAUAUGUUUGAGCUUAUAAGUUGUUUGUGCAUCUGGCUCAGGCCACAUAGCCUAUACUGCAUGCAGAUACUCAGCCAGUUCACAGAGCAGAGCUCUAGUGCAUCUCUCCAAGCUCUUUUGCCUGCACUGUUGGACCCAGUGUUUGAUUGACCACAUUAAUGACCCUUCAGCGUUGAAGGCAAAAUCCUGCACUCCAGUACCCAUGCAUUAAAGUAAGAAUUCUGCACAGCCCCAAAGGCACGCUUCAAACCCAGCUUUGGAGUGAAAGCAAGCCUAAUUUUUAAAUUGUAAUUGAUUUUGUAGCCGGAUGCUUUCAACAGAAUUUUCCAUGACUGCAAUACAGCGAGGUAGAAAACUGCUAUUGUGCCACAUGUCUAUUAAUAGCCCUUUCUCUGAUUCCAGCUAGCAAUUUAGAUUGUGUUAAAUUUUGUUUAUAUAUGCCCUCUCCAGAAAUCUCUGUAUGAAAAACAUGUUCAGUUCUAUGCACACACAUUAAAAACGUAUUCCCCUGUUAGC